AUGAAAAGAUGUUCUCCUGUCCUUAACACGGCCAAUGGAGUGGCUGUCGGUGAAGCAACCCUUCCAAUUCGAAGGGAUCACUUCAAGGCCUUGCUGAACCGGCAAGCACCGUCAGCUCCUGAACUCGAGCACGUUCAUAGGCCGACAUAUGUGGUUAACGAGGAACCACCGACCGAGUCGGAGGUUGUGGUCUGUAUCCAAAAGAUGAAAAAUGGAAAAUGUGGCGGAGACGACGGAAUUAGCGCAGAAAUGCUGGAAUAUCUUCCUUCGUCUGGGAUUCGUGAGAUGACAAAAAUCAUCCGUUCAAUAUGUAUAGACGAAAGGAUACCUGACUCGUGGAGGCACGCUAUCAUAAUUCCAAUCCACAAGAAGUUAUCCGUCACGGACCCUAGGAAUUAUCUGUUUGCUGCGUGUUAUGUAUAA